AGUUGGCCGGAGUCGAUAUUUCGUCCGCCGUAAACUAUGGCCCCGGCGACCCUUGCACGGCGGUUCAUCUUCCGCACCAUCGCUUCUUCAUCUCUCUGCAAAGGCAUACCGCCCCUCUCUCUCUCCCAUUCCCAGCCUGCAAUUCCUACUCCAUCGUCUUCUCGCCAUCUAUUGGCUUCGCAACCACGCCACGGAAUUAGGUUUUGCUCAACCGCCGCCGCCGACCCGCAACCCCCUCGGAGGCGCAACACCUUGGUCAAUUUCUCGUUGUCCGAUUCGGAUGGGGAGGAUUCGGACCUGGAGGAGCCGGAUAAAUCUCCGGCGAAGGCGAUCGAUAAAUCCAAGCUUCCUCCUCCGUACGACCCGUUUAACAAGAAACCGGUUAUAGAGGAGCCCAAAGACCCGAAGAACCUACCGGAGGUGUUCCACAACAUGCGCUCCGACGGCUUUUUCAACAAUGCAGUCAAGAUGUUCGACGGAUUGUCCAAGGACGGUUUGACACAUGAGGCACUGGAGCUCUUCUCCCAGAUCAAAGACAAGUCCGUGAUGCCGGAAAUCGUGGCCCACACGGCCGUGAUCGAGGCGUACAGUGACGCAGGGCAGCCCAGAGAAGCACACAAAGCUUACCAGCGAAUGCUGGUUUCCGGCGUGCUUCCCAACGCGUACACGUACGGUGUGCUGAUCAAGUCUCUGGCGGGGAGUGGCGACCGGAAGCUGGUGAAGGAGGCGAAGAAGUACGUAACGGAGAUGGUGGGGAAGAGGGGAAUGAAGCCGAAUGCAGCCACGUGUGUCGGGAGCUUCGAAGGGUUGGUGGAGGCGGGCAUGGAGGAGGAGGGGAAGGAGUUGCUGGAAAUGCUGAAGAAGAAAGGAGCCGUGCCUGAAGAGGAUGGAGUGAGAGAGGUUUUAAAGAACAAGAGAGGGCCUGCUUACAGGACAUUGAUCACCAUCCUCUAUGGAAAAUGAGUUGCAGGGGCUGUUUGGCAACUUCUGAAUACGUAAGUGCUGAACCAGUAAGAAGUCUGAACCAUUAAAUACUGAACCAGUAA